AUGGGUCGCCUUCCUGCCGAUCCCCCGGCGUCAUCGUCGCUCUCACUCCACACGCUCGACAAUGAUGACCUACCGCCCCCCUACACCGACGAGCCCGAAUUCCCAGCCGCACCCGCUCCACAGCCCGCAUUCCAACCCCUCAGACUCAGCGACUCAGCCUAUCACGUCCCCGGCGCAAAAAGCUUCACGGUAUGCGAUGCUCGCAUCGUCACCUACGCGCCGCAGCUCUCCAACAACAGCGAUGAGCUCUUUCGCGUUAUCCGCAGGCAGAUGAGGCUGCCCCUGCGGCCGUUACUCGGAGUCCAGGGCACACAUACCGAGUCGAGUAAUGAUGGCAAGAAGAAGACCAGUAAUAAUGUAACCGACUUUUCCUUCCAGCUUGAUCUGGCCGAGACUAUGUUGCGGGGUUGGGAUGAGCCGCUUACUCUGAACUGGAUGGAGACAGGGGUUCUUAAGGAUGGUGAUGAACAGAAGGCAUUCCGUGGAGGAAUUCUUCGCUCACGUCGGUAUAAACCUCGCGCGGCUCGUGCCAAGGCUAUCUCUUUGGACGAUAGUGAUGCCGCUCUGCUGGAGUCGGAAGCCGAUGUUUUCGAGGGCGAGGAUUCGGAGAACGCCGGUCUUUCAGAACAAGAGGCGGAUCUCCAGAUGUGGUGUAAGCGGUUCUGCAGUGACUUAGCACCCGUGAAAUCAUUCACUUUGCACCGAGAACUCCGUGGCUUCGACUUCAAACCCAUGCGUAACAUUCUCGCUUCACAUAUCCGCUCGCUGAACUACCAGGGCACAACGAAUUUCUGGUUCAAGAAGGGCUACAGCUCCGUCACGAUCUACUCACCACACUGGAUCAAUCAGCUGCGCACCAAUAAAUUCGUCUGGUGGGCCGUCGUUCUCCUACAGCUCUGGAUCAUCACCUGGCCAAUUAUCUGGUUAAUGGAGAAACGUUACGAGGUCGCCCGCUCGCAGUGGAACGCGUCGCUUGAUCCUGGCUCCGGAAGUGGCCUGAUCAAGUGCUAUGCUCAAGGCCACGAUGAGACACAGCUGGGAGAGUUCUGGGCCCCGGCCGUCAAGCAGGCUGCGUGGAGUCGACGACGGGGAUCGGACGCUCUCUUGACGAGGCAAGAUGCUGAACGGUUGAAAGGCAUGAGUAACGAACAGAUCCUCCGUAUUCAGACAUGUGAAUCCGAGGCCGAGCGGCAGCGUCGUGAGCGUGUUCAUAGUGGCCAGGGCGGUUUCAUGGACGGUGUGGUCGGUCUGGUUAGAGGUGUCUCGGAGGCUUCGCAAGAUUAUCGAUUGGGGAUGGGCUGGGGUGCCAAUACUUAG